GAGGCUAUCAACUAUUUGGACGACGAGGACAGCAGUGAAGGUGCCGUUGAAUCAACGAGUCAGCAGCAGGACGAGGCGGAGGAGGAACCGACUGUGAAGAAGACGGAGGAGGAGUCCACGGUGGGAGCGCGGCAGCCCACCCUGGACGAGUUGAUCACCAGUAGCGGUGGCCAAACCCCGACCGAACGGCUGCAGGCCUAUGUCCCCAUCCACCGACCUCGAGCCACUCCGCGCGAAUGGCGGCGCCCCGGCGAACACCAGCAGUUGGAGGUGCCGGCGGAUUUGCACGCUGACGGUCUCCCCGCAAUUGUGCGUUGGCUCAUCACAUUAUCUGCAAAGGCCCGAGCGAGUGCUGCCUGCAUGCCGGACUCAGCUGUGCCCAAAGUCGAUGAAGAAGAGACAAUUUUAAAGUGUCGUGUCUUCGCGGACCUCUGGUCAAAGGGCUUCUGUGUGACCGGCUCGGCCAUGAAGAUGGGUGGAGACUUUCUUCUGUAUCCAGGUGACCCCCUCUUCUACCACGCAAGCCAUAUUGUCUGCGUGGCUCCUCCCACGAGCCAACUUAAACUCGCUCAACUUUCCACCUCCCUGCGGAUUGCCAACAGUGUGCGCAAGGUGCUUCUUCUGGCUACUUCGGCCGUCAAGGAGGGGGAGGAGCCGAUCAUGUACACUUCUUUAUAUUGGACCGGCUCAAAUAGUUCUAUUACUCCCAUUCUGUAA